AUGCAUACUGUGGCAGAUAUCAUCACCAAUCUUUCUCUCUCGGUUGUGAUUCUUUUUGUCUCUCGCUUUCUCUGGAAUUAUGCCCGAUCCCCGCUAAAGUCCUUCCCGGGUCCUUCUGCCGCCGGCUUCACCAAUAUCUGGCGUUUGCAAGAUGUCUUUCGGGGGCGCUGCGAUAUCACACAGACUGCGCUGCACCGCAAAUAUGGAUCCGCUGUUCGAAUGGGUCCGAAUCUUCUCAGUCUCUCUGAUCCAAACUUGAUUAGCCAAGUUUAUAACACAAAGAGUCCAUGGCUGAAGAGCAACAUGUAUAAUGUCAAUGAUGUCGUUGUCGCCGGUAUCCGAUUAAGCAACCUCUUUUCCAGCCAGGAUGAAAAAUGGCAUUCGACUUUCACUCGUCCCGUUAAGACCCUUUACUCUAUGAGUAAGGUCCAGGAGGUGGAGGAUAAUAUGGAUAUUACGCUGAACCUGUUUCUUGAUAAGCUCCGCGAGCGCUUUGUUCGCCCCGGAAAGACUUGCGAGAUGACCGAUUGGAUCAGCUUCUUUGCUUGGGAUGCUAUGAGCCAGGUCACCUUCUCUCAGGACCUAGGUAUCAUCGAGGCCGGUAGCGACUAUAAAGGCUUCCUUGGAAGAUCUAACCAGACGCUCGACUAUUUUGCUUCGAUCUGUCAAGUCCCCUUCCUGGACAAGCUCUUUGACAAGAACCCGAUUAUGCGCAUUGGUCCUCCAACCUUCGUUUGGGCCAACAUCUUCAGCCUCGAGCAACUCCAGAAACGCUACCAACAAGGGAACCCAGGCAACAAGCAAGACUUCCUCGCUAAAUUCCUCGAGAUAAAAGAAAAGAACCCGGAACUAGUCAACGAUAACGUUAUCAUCCUCUGGCUUCUUUCUAAUGUCCUCGCAGGUAGCGACUCCACUGCCUAUACCAUGUGUGCAGCAAUCUACUACGUCCUCAAGAACCCGGACGUCCACAAGAAGCUCUGUGACGAGCUCCGUUCCGCCAAUCUUACACUCCCCGCGAGAUGGAAAGAUAUCCAGGGGCUCAAGUAUCUCGAGGCUGUGAUGCGCGAGACUAUGCGCGCACACCCCGGUGUUGGUCUGAUCCUCGAGCGCACCGUUCCCAAGGGAGGACUGUCUCUCCCCGAUGGCCGGGUUGUGCCCGCAGGAGUCACAGUAGGAAUGAACCCUUGGGUAAUUAACAAAGAUGAGGGAGUAUUCGGUGCCAAUACGGAUGAAUUUAUUCCUGAGCGCUGGCUCCAGAAUCCGGACGAGCCUGAGGAGGUCUAUCAAGCGCGGUUUUCCAAGAUGAAGAGUACGGACUUUACUUUUGGAGCUGGAUCGCGGACUUGUUUGGGAAGAUAUCUGUCACAGCUGGAGAGCUUCAAGCUUAUUGCCACGUUGUUCAGUUCGUUUGAUAUGGCACUGCCGAGUCAAGAUCAUCAGUGGAAGGUGACCAACUCGUGGUUUGUGAGACAGAAGAAUAUACCCGUUCGUCUUUCGGAACGAAAAGAUGAAGCUAUCGUUGUCUAA